GGGCAAGCGCUGUGACACUUGGUCUUACGUGCUGAUCCCAACGACUCAGCCGGGGCAGUUCACUGUGGACCAUGGAGAACCUGGGUCGGACAAAGAGGACACGCAAGUGAUGGACACUGACUAUACCAGGUUCGCCCUGAUGCUUUCACUCCGACAGGUCAGCAGGCAGACCGUCAUCAGGGUCAGCCUUCUGGGAAGAAGCUGGAGUCUGCCUCCCAGGACACUAGACAAGUUUUUCUGCCUGGCCAGAGCCCAAGGCCUCACGAAGAAAAACAUCAUGUUCCCAGAUAUGACCGGUAAUGGGUUCACAGGGAGUGGACAAUGGGAGAUGGAAAUGGGGCCUGGAGGGCGCUUCCACCGGCCCUCACAAGCUUGGUGUCACCUCGUGUCCCAGUCACCCCUGCCCACCCUGGGCCCCUUGUCCUGGGAUCCCCCUUGCCACCCUGGUGCCCUGCUCACAGGGGACAGGGGCUCAUCCCGGGAACUUCUGGGCCUCAGACAGCCUGUCCAGCACUGGAGAGCCCCUGAGAGACAAGGCUGA